CAUGAAUUGGAAUAAAGGCGGACCUGGUACCAAGAGAGGCUUUGGGUUUGGUGGCUUUGCCAUAACACCUGGCAAGAAGGAGGAGCCCAAGCUGUCUCAGCAGUCCCACAGUGCUUUUGGCACCGCCGGCUCCUCGGCAGCAUUUGCGAAAUCAGGGCCUCCUCAGCUGCCUUCCUUCUACAAAAUUGGGUCAAAGAGAGCCAAUUUUGAUGAGGAGAAUGCGUACUUUGAGGAUGAAGAGGAAGAUUCCAGCAAUGUGGAAUUGCCCUACAUUCCUGCAGAGAAUUCCCCCACUCGGCAGCAGUUCCAUUCCAAAUCAGCAGACUCUGACAGCGAUGAUGAUCCUCUGGAGGCAUUCAUGGCUGAAGUGGAGGAUCAAGCUGCUCGAGACAUGAAGAGACUUGAAGAUAAAGACAAGGAAAAAAAGAACGUUAAGGGUAUUCGAGAUGACAUUGAAGAGGAAGAUGACCAAGAAGCGUAUUUUCGCUACAUGGCAGAGAACCCCACUGCUGGUGUGGUGCAGGAGGAGGAGGAGGAUAACCUGGAGUAUGACAGUGAUGGGAAUCCGAUUGCACCAUCCAAAAAAAUCAUUGAUCCUCUUCCACCUAUUGACCAUUCAGAGAUUGAAUACCCACCAUUUGAGAAAAAUUUCUAUGAUGAGCAUGAGGAGAUCACCAGCCUGACCCCGCAGCAAGUGGUGGAGUUACGGCAUAAGCUGAAUCUCCGGGUCUCUGGGGCUGCUCCUCCAAGGCCUGGCAGCAGUUUUGCUCAUUUUGGGUUUGAUGAGCAACUUAUGCAUCAGAUUAGGAAAUCUGAAUAUACCCAACCCACUCCAAUACAAUGUCAGGGUGUUCCAGUGGCACUAAGUGGCAGAGAUAUGAUUGGGAUAGCCAAGACUGGAAGUGGGAAAACAGCUGCUUUCAUCUGGCCAAUGCUGAUCCACAUCAUGGAUCAGAAGGAGCUGGAACCAGGGGAUGGUCCCAUUGCAGUGAUCGUCUGCCCCACCAGGGAGCUCUGCCAGCAGAUCCACUCGGAGUGCAAGCGCUUUGGCAAGGCCUACAACCUGCGCUCGGUGGCCGUGUACGGAGGAGGGAGCAUGUGGGAGCAAGCCAAGGCCCUGCAGGAGGGGGCAGAGAUCGUGGUCUGCACACCAGGUCGUUUGAUUGAUCAUGUGAAAAAGAAAGCUACAAACCUGCAGAGAGUCACUUACCUUGUGUUUGAUGAAGCUGACAGGAUGUUUGAUAUGGGGUUUGAAUACCAGGUCAGAUCAAUCGCGAGCCACGUACGUCCUGACAGACAGACCCUGUUGUUCAGUGCCACGUUCCGUAAGAAGAUUGAGAAAUUGGCUCGGGACAUUCUGAUCGACCCAAUUCGGGUUGUGCAAGGAGACAUUGGAGAGGCAAAUGAAGAUGUCACUCAGAUUGUGGAGAUUUUCCCCUCUGGGCCCAGCAAGUGGAACUGGCUGACGCGGCGCCUGGUGGAGUUCACGUCCUCGGGGAGCGUCCUCCUCUUCGUCACCAAGAAAGCCAACGCAGAGGAACUGGCCAAUAACCUCAAGCAGGAGGAUCAUAACCUGGGGCUGCUCCAUGGGGACAUGGACCAGAGCGAGAGGAAUAAAGUCAUUUCAGAAUUUAAGAAAAAGGGGAUCCCCAUCCUGGUAGCUACUGAUGUGGCAGCUCGAGGCUUGGAUAUCCCUUCCAUCAAGACUGUCAUCAACUACGACGUGGCUCGGGACAUCGACACCCACACGCACCGGAUCGGCCGCACCGGCCGCGCAGGCGAGAAGGGGGUGGCCUACACCCUGCUGACCCCCAAGGACAGCAACUUCGCUGGGGACCUCGUCAGGAACCUGGAGGGUGCCAACCAGCACGUCUCCAAAGAGCUGCUGGAUUUGGCAAUGCAGAACCCGUGGUUCCGGAAAUCCCGUUUUAAAGGAGGGAAGGGCAAGAAGCUGAAUAUUGGUGGUGGUGGCCUGGGGUACCGUGAGCGCCCCGGGCUGGGCUCAGAAAAUACUGACCGUGGAAACAACAACAGUGUGAUGAGCAACUAUGAGGCCUACAAGCCAUCCACAGGGGCCAUGGGGGACAGGCUGACAGCAAUGAAAGCAGCUUUCCAGUCCCAGUACAAGAGUCACUUUGUUGCUGCAAGUUUAAAUAACCAAAAGACUGGGAGCUCUGCUGCUGGUGCCAGCGGCUGGACCAGCGCCGGGAGCCUGAACUCCGUCCCGACGAGUUCAGCGCAGCAAAGCGCCGCCAAUCCCGAGAGCCCCAUCGCAGCCACGGCGGCGGCAAAGGGAGUGCCGGGCUUCACCAGCACGGGCAGCCUGAGCAGUGUGCCCCCCUUCCCGAGCACUGGAGCGCAGGGGUUCAACAGCACAAACACCAGCGCCAACAGCCGGGAGGGCAGCAGCGGCAUCGUCAGAGAACGGUACAACGACAGCCGGAACAGUCGGCACGGCGAGGCCCCACGGCGCGCCGAGGGCAGUGCUGGCCGAGGGGAGGGUGGUGGCCGCUUUAACGAGGGCCAGCGCUUUAACGAGGGCCAGCGCUUUAACGAGGGCCAGCGUUUCAACGAUGGUCAGCGUUUCAACGAUGGCCAGCGCUUCAACGAUGGCCAGCGCUUCAACGAUGGCCAGCGCUUCAACGAUGGCCAGCGCUUUAACGAUGGCCAGCGCUUUAACGAUGGCCAGCGUUUCAACGAGGGCCAACGCUUCAACGAUGGCCAACGCUUCAGCGAUGGCCAACGCUUCAGCGAUGGCCAACGCUUCAGCGAUGGCCAACGCUUCAACGAUGGCCAACGCUUCAACGAUGGCCAGCGCUUCAACGAGGGCCAGCGCUUCAACGAGGGCCAGCGCUUCAACGAGGGCCAGCGCUUCAACGAGGGCCAGCGCUUCAACGAGGGCCAGCGCUUCAACGAGGGCCAGCGCUUUAACGAGGGCCAGCGCUUUAACGAGGGCCAGCGCUUUAACGAGGGCCAGCGCUUCAAUGAUGGUCAGCGUUUCACCGAGGGCCAGCGCUACGAUGGCCAACGCUACAAUGAGGGCCAGCGCUACACUGAUGGCCAGCGCUUUAAUGAGGGCCAGCGCCACGGCGAAGGCGGUGGCCGGCACAGUGACCCCUCCCGGCACAGCGACGGCCGCCACGGCGACGUCCAUCGCCACGGCGAGGGCCGGCACUUCAGCGACUUGCCGGGCGGCAACCGCAACAACGGUGACAGCAGGAACAGCGAGAGCAGGAAUGGAGAGAACAGGAAGGAGGCCAACAGCCGAGACAACAAGACAGAUGGCUUUGCUGUCCCAGAGCCCCCAAAACGGAAGAAGAGCCGGUGGGACAGUUAAAAGCUGGGGGUUCGCAGCCUGGAAUCUCUGCAGGUGGUGUUGUCGUUUUCCAGAGGAUUUCUCGGGGUUGUUGGGAACUGGUUGUUGAGCAGCUGGGGCAGGAGAAGGAAACCAUGAGAACCCCCAUGUGAGUUCAUCUGCGGACAGACUCACCCGAACGAAGUGCACACAACACUUAGUGAAAGAAAUAAUUUUGAUAAAGCUCCCUGGGUUCUGCUUUGAAACAUUCAGUGCUCGAGUGACUCUGCUGGAUUUAAACAGAUCUUCUUGACAAAAAGAAGCUGUUCCACAUCCUUGGAACGUUAAGAAACUGUUGUCCAUAGAAGUAUAAAUUAGUCUUUUCUUAACCAGCGUUCACAUUUACAAACCAGUCCAGUCCACCUAGAGAUGCUCAGGACCUGCCUGUUAGACAUUAAUCUUGCAGCAGUUUGGUCAGUAUGGUGAGUUCUUCCUCCAUCUCCUUUUCACAUAUUCUCCCCAAAUAAUUUGGUCUCCAGGUUACCAUUUACCUCUCUCCCCAUCCACUAAGAAUGUAUCAAUUUGCUUUGCUAAGGUGAGGCAGAGCAAGUUGGUUUCGGUUUUUUGGGUGUUUUUUUUUUGGUUUUUUAUUUUGAUGUGUGUGGAGCUGUUUGAGGAAUCCUUCUCCAUCCCAGCAAACCACAAAUUCACUUGUAGUGUAGGUUGGACUCCCUGGCUUAUUUGUGAUCAGUACUUUAAUUCCAAUUCCAUUGCCCAGAUAUGUUUUCUUUUGAAGAGCCUUCUGUUUUCUAAUAUCCUUCAUUCUGGUGGAAGCCUGCAUAGCAAACCUGUGUCUCUGCUGUGCCUAUGCACCCUCUGUUCUGAGAGGGUUGAGUGCUUUCUUCAAAUUAAAAACAAAAAAGGGAAGACAAUGUAGAUAGACCGCAACAAUCAGAGGCCGGAGCUCCCCAGGAAGUGUGGCUAAAGGAAGAAGAUUCAGAAAUUCAGGGAUCUGUUGCUCAGAAGCCUUUAGGGAGAACUCAGAAAACAAUUAAUGGAAAGAAACAGCUCAAAUCUGGCCUUGUUUUGGACACAUGUAGUAAAUCUGUAAAAUCCUGCUUGCCCAUUUUUAACUCAUUGUGUGUAUUCCCAUUUUUUAACUUCUUUUUUUUUUUUUUGCCACAAGGUAGGGAAGAACUUUUCAGUUGGGACAUGUCAGCACCCACCGCUGGCUCGUUUCCACUGGAAGAUGUACCAGAAGCUGUCAGGGUUUUGUGACAUUGUGAUGUUUUCUUUAUCAGCUGUGCAUUUACUUUCUGCUUGCUCUAGUAAAUGUUUUAUUACUGGUACAAAAA